UAAAAGUUGCUGUGCCAAGAUCAGUCUUACUUUACAUCUAGAAUUUCUAGACUUCUUCUUGACAUCCACUUUCUCGUGCACUAGCGACCAUGGCCGGUAAUACUACUGAUGGAAAAACCCGAGAGACUUGGCCGUCGCGAACAGCGUUCUACUUUGCAGCUGUUGGGGCUGCAGUGGGAUUUGGAAACGUUUGGCGUUUUCCAGCCCUCUCGGUCGAAUACGGGGGAGGCGCCUUUUUUAUUCCUUACCUUAUGGCGUUGUUCCUCAUCGGCAUUCCUAUUUUAAUCCUUGAAAUAGGCUUCGGACAAUUUUUUCAGUCUGGCGAUGUUGGCGUCUUUGGGGGAUUUCAUCCUCGUCUUCGGGGUGUUGGUGUUGCAAGUGUGGCAUGCGGUUUCAUGUUGGUUGUUUAUUACAGCUUUGGUAAUAACGAUCCGUGGGGAGCUCCAGACAUAUCCGGAGAAGAAGCUGUCGAAUAUUUUACCAACGUCAUCAUCGGAGCUGAAACACUUGGCCAAGACGGACGCCCAACACGAUUGGUAGGAGCGAAUGUUGGAUAUUCGUUCUUGGUCUGGGUUAUCGUCUUUUUUGGUAUUGGCUUUGGCGUCCAGUGGACAGGUCGAAUUUCAUACGUCACAAUGGGCCUUCCUGUUAUCCUUCUUUUUGUCUUCUUGGGCCGGUCCCUUACUCUCGAAGGCAGCAGCGAAGGAGUCAAGGAGUAUAUUGGACGCUGGGACGUUAGUGUUCUUACCGAACGAGGUGACGUCUGGUCUACGGCAGUCUCCCAGAUUUUUUUCUCUCUUGGUGUUACGUUUGGUAUCAUGACUGCAUUCGGUUCUUACUGCCCACACCAUGAGCCCGUUGUUUUAAACUCUUUUGUGAUCUCAAUCGCAAAUUCAAUGUUUUCGUUCAUAUCUGGCUUUGCUGUCUUUGCCGCACUUGGGCAUUUGUCAUUUCUGUCCGGAACCUCAGUGACCGAUCUCCCAUUUGCUGGUUUUUCACUUGUUUUUGGAACUUGGCCGGUUGUGCUUGGAUCUCUAAGUGGCGGGGAGCAUUGGGUACGCCUGCUUUUCUUUAAUCUAUUCCUUCUCGGCAUCGACUCAGCGUUUGGGUUUACCGAGGGAGUUGUUACAGUCCUUCUUGACACUACGUUCCUACAGCAUCUUCCAAAGUGGAAGGUUACAGCAGCUGUGUGCUUGGUUGGCUGGCUUUUGUCUCUCAUGUAUGCCACGGAUGCUGGUCUGAAUUUUCUUGAUGUAAUUGAUUUCUAUAUCAACUUUGUCAUGCUUUUUGUUGGUUUUGGUGAAACAUUCAGUGCAGGAUGGGUGUACGGGCACAAGAAAAUGAUCGAUAAUUGCGGUGCACCGGCCGUUUUCUCUUACAUGAUCGCUAACUUUGGCUGCGUCAUUGUUGCCUGCGGAAUUUGGUUUGGAGUCUCACCAGAUGAUGGUGGUGUCUGGGGUGGGUUUGUUGGCAUGUUCCUUUUCUAUUUCAUUGGCAUCACUGUUACCUGCUUCUUCCUCAAAAAGAAAAUGGAUGAAAACCCUGGCAAGUGGACUUGGUCAGAAAUGCUGUGGGAAGUUUCUUUCCGUAACAUCUUUGACUUGAAAGCGCGUAUUGAACCCAUUGUUCAGUGGAUUCCAAGUCUUUGGUGUGUUUUGAUUAAACAAUUUAUUCCGCACAUUUUGAUUAUUUUGUUCAUCAAUCUGGCCCAGUCAAACAAUGCCGAUGGCGAGCCUAUCUUUGGUCACUACGGCGGCUACGGGGCGAAGCCUUUCCAGAUCAUGGGAGUACUCACGUGGGUUUUCGCUCUGGUAUUGUUCCUUGUUGGCGCGGUCUUUCCUGCACUUUACCAGUCUCUCGAUCUCCCCGCUGGCCACCUCGCUCUUGAUGAAGCGGAGGCCUUGGAAAAAAAAGAGCACAUGGAAGGGUCGUCGGUAGAUGAGGUUUCUGGAUCUGACCAGGAAAAUGAUGGCGAAGGUAUUGCGGACAAUGCCGGUGCGAGACUUUUCUCCGCGCAGCUUACUGUUGACGAGAGCAACACGCUUUUCAUUUACACCGCGUGCAGGCGCGCGACCACAACGACAACCACCGUUGCGCCAACUGAUGGAAUCACCUUGAAGAAUCCGCCGUCGCUGCUCUUUCGUCUCCUUCUAUUGUUUCCCUCCAACUUUUCUUUGGAUCGUUUGGUGCAUCAAAAGAUGCGAGAAAUACCUUCACUACAAGUCUUAAGCUUGCGAGCCGUCGGCUCUCAUUCUUGCUCUGUGGAACAGACGUUUUGCCCUGCGCCCGAUUCUGCGGAACCGUCGCAGGCAUCCAAGCUGCUACGCUCUUUCCACAAACGUCCUGUGGAUAACGCCGACGCUGGGAACAAGGGAAUUUGUUCUAUGAAUGAAAUCCCCGUCAAACGAACCCCUUGCAUUGGACCCGGAAGCUUUCGUCGAGUGAAUGCCAACGAUGUGGAUCUGCACCAUCCGAUUGUGGGCUGUCGUGACCUAUCAACUCGCCUAAUUCUGCAGUUUGGCAAUCCUGCUCUGGACUGCUUGCAAUCCUACGUAGACAGUCUCGUCGAGACGGGUCGAAUGGAUGAUACGCGGCUGGGCCGGCACUUCUUUGACGAGUGGAAGGCCAACGUGAUCCUCGGUAGCGGUGGCACCUUACACACGGAAGUGGCGGAAGUCGAACCAACGCCCGCGCCGCUAGCGUCCACCCGGAAGCGUCGUCGGAGCUCGGCUGCGGCCUCUGCCGCCGCUCCAGCCAUCGUCCCGAUCCGCGAGAAGCACGCCCGUUCCGUCGACAACAAUCGAGCUCGGGAGCCUUUCUCUUUACAACUGUACCAUGCAAUGGUGGAUGCAGGGAUGGGACCACAUUUGGCCGUUCUGGACCUGACUGGUGUGCACGGUCUAGGAGAUGACUUACUACAGCUCUUAUUGCCGCAGUGUGUCAACCUACAGCGACUGAGCUUGAAGAACUGCCGUCGAAUCACCGUCAAGAGCUUGCGGGUAGUUGCGCAAUAUCAAGCCAAAUUGGAAUCACUCGACGUCGGUGGUGCCUUCAACUUGACCACGGACGAUGUCAUGGAAGUGGUGCCUACCUUGACUUGUUUGGAAGAAAUUCAUGUGAGCGGUUUGGGAUGGGCGAACGGCACGUUGCAGCGAUUGGCUGAUUCCCGGGCUUGGAUAUCUUUGAGCCUUAAUUUUUCGUUGCACAUUUCGCAGGCGGUCUUACGAACAUCACUAAUAAGGAUUGCCGGCUCCUUAAAGUCGCUCGCGUUGGCGUUCUGUGAAGACGUGGUCGACAACACACUAUUGGGAAUGUUGGGACGAAACUUGCCGGUACUGCAGUAUUUGGACGUCCGAGGCAAUCCUGGCCUUACAACGAUGACCGGGUGGUACGAUGGAAGAGCUUCUGCCGAUCUUCCGGCACAGGCGUUGCUUGUGUUGGCGCGCUACUCGGGCCUGUCCGAGAGCUCGGUGGAUGAAACCAAGCGCGUGCAUCUUCUCGCGGCUCGCGCACUGACCGCUAUUCUGGAUGGCAAUGGUAUGGGAGCUGGCAUUGUGCGAUUGCAUGAUGCUAACAAGAACGGACAAUAA